UGCGCUGGAUGCGCUGCAGCUGCUGCAGUGGAAGAGCCGAAGAGUGGCGCGCGAAUACUAAACGCGACAACAUCCGGUUUGUCAAACUGAGGAGAGGGAAGUUUGAGAUUGUCGACGAGACUUGUUGCUGAAAAUGCGGCACUUUACGGGCUCAAGGAAAGGCAGAAAACAAUUCCUUAUGUAAAGCGUCUCGAGCGAAUCAGAACCAUGACCCAGUCCGGGCCCUUCUCCGAGCGAGUGGUGGAGUUCUGGCUGGGCAAGGCGGUGGAUUGGGGUCAGGCCACCUCCUCUGUGACCAGGGCUGACAUCCGGGCUCACCUGCCCAAACUCAGGACCUUCCUGCAGCAGCUGCUCCAAGAGCUGCAGCUCACACGCUCCUCCACAGAGGCGAUGCGGUCCUUUCCCUUCUUGGGCCAGUUGGUGGGCAGGCUGUGCUGGAACCGCAGUGUGAGUGCUGACGGGGAGAGUGUGGACCGUCUGCUGCAGUGCCUGUGGAGGCUGUACAGCAGGGAGCCGCAGAACGCCGUGGAGCGGAGGGCCAACCAGUGGAUCCGGAACUUGCUGUCCCACCUCUCUGUGGAGGGAGGUCGGGGUUCGGCCGGGGGCGGUGCGGGAUGCCCAGGGCAAGCUCCGCACGCACGGGCCGACCAGCGCCCUCUGUUCCUGAGCAACAUGGUGGCGCUGUUGGAGAGGGAGGUCAGAGGGAGCUCCUGCCCUGGGGUCCACACAGCCGAGAGGUGCCCGUGCGAUGACGUGCGCGGUGCGUCGGUGACGUGCACCACUCUGGUCACAUGUCCUGAGGCGGGGCCUCUGAUUGGCGCUCUCCUGCAGCACCCAACCGCGUGCGACAGAGCCACUCUCAGCGAAGGCUUCCUGUGCGCAUUAAACACGGCCCUGCUGGGGAAGCAGCUGGUUCUGGAAGAGCAGGCACUGAUGGGCCUGUGGCGUCACAGCCUGCCCAGUUUAGAGGGAGCUGCCCUCCAUCUUGUGGAGUCGGCUCUCUGGAACCCGUCUCCCUCUCUGCAGGUCCUGGAGCAGCAGGUCUCUGAUUCUGUUCUGCCCAAAGCUUCUGCACAUCACCAUCCGGUGUUCUUGGUUGUCAACGAUGUUUUCCGAGUGCUGUUGGUGGAGACGCAGGGAAGCCCCGCCCUCAGAGCCCUCGUACAGACCUUCACCCGCCAUUUCCUCCUGUCGCUCCGCCUCCUGCACCCACAGGAGAGGCUGUCUCUGAAGGUGUUCUUCCCCCACGUUCCUGCGUCUCUCCUGACGCCCCUGCUGCAGCUUCCCCCAGAUGUUCCGGAGGAGGCGUGGCCAGAACACCUGCUGCUGAUCAGUGGCUCUUUGCAGAAGGUGGGGGAGGAAGAGGAAGAAGCCUCCAGGAGGCGCUGUGGCCUGUUUGAGAGCUGGUUCCUGCUGGUCCAGGCUGGGUUCUGGGUAGAUGUGGCCGCUCAGCUGCUUGUCACGUCUGGACCAGAGACGACACCUCCGCUGCUGUGGCUGCUAACCUUCUACUAUCACCCUGUUCACCUGGAGGAGCACCCGGCCCACACACUGGCAAUGGCUGGAGAGGCCCUGGAUCUCCUGAAGGCGCUCUGCCUCUCUCCUCCUCCUCCUCCUCUUCGUCCCACGCACACCCAGGCCCUGGAGCGACUAAGCUCCACCUGUCCCCACCUGCUCCUCCACCUCUCGGUCAACUUGGCCGUCUUCUCCCACGGCCCCGUCAGCGCCGUCUCCGAGGUGGUCCGCCAGGUGGCGGUGCAGCCGGGCAGGUACCGCGAGGCAGAGGCCAUGGAGAUGACAUCCGCUGUGACGGUGCUCCUCUCCAGGGUGGAGCGGGGGCUGAGCCGCAGGGCCCAGCCCAACCCCAGGGUUCAGUCCAGGCUGAGGACCGUCCAGGAAGCACUGGUACUGCCAAGAACUGCAUGACCUGGGCACGUCCAUGUGACAACCAGCCCCAAAACUACCCUUUACACACAGGACACCAUGUGACAACCAGCCCCAAAACUACCCUUUACACACAGGACACCAUGUGACAACCAGCCCCAAAACUACCCUUUACACACAGGACACCAUGUGACAACCAGCCCCGAAACUACCCUUUACACACAGGACACCAUGUGACAACCAGCCCCAAAACUACCCAUUACACACAGGACACCAUGUGACAACCAGCCCCAAAACUACCCUUUACACACAGGACACCAUGUGACAACCAGCCCCAAAACUACCCUUUACACACAGGACACCAUGUGACAACCAGCCCCAAAACUACCCUUUACACACAGGACACCAUGUGACAACCAGCCCCAAAACUACCCUUUACACACAGGACACCAUGUGAAUAUGACCAGCCCCCAAUAAUAAUGUCAAAACAACAACACCAAAACUACCCUUUCAUGCCAGGGGUCCUCAAAUCUGGCCCUCAAAAUGUAUUGCUUAUUAAAUGGCAAAAAGACA